ACCGCUCCACUCCUUCCCCCAGUCCCUUGCCUUCACUCCAUGCUUUCUCCUCUUCCCUGAAUCCACUCUCGCGCUUCUCCCUGUCAACUACGUCUUUCUGAAUUUUCUUCCCUGGGAUCCUUGAGUCAUUUCUUCCUCCGCACCAGUUCCAUUGCUUCUUUUCGCCGUCGCCGACGACUAGCCAUGGCGAACUGAACUUCCUCGUAGCUUGUUUGUUUGAUCUAUGGCCGCUGUAACUUCAACCUACAGUUUGUAGAGUUGCAAGCUUUUGCAGGCACAGCAAAUUCGGAGUUUCCUAGCUACGGUAGUAAUGGCCGCCGUAACUCCAUUUUAGAAUAUUUCCUGAAGCUAUGUAAUAGUCGUCUCCUUGAAGUCAUCGCCUGAUUCUUCAAGCUCGGAAUAUAUCUCCUAGUUUCCUAUAGUUUGGAAUCUAUCUUCAUUCGGUUAUUUCCUAGUUCGUAUAACUCCAGAGCUACCAGAGGAUAUUUUUAAGUUCUUAAAGCUCCAGAAUCUGGAGUUCCCGGAAGAUAUUUCCAAGUUCUUAUAGUUCCAGAGCUACCGGAAGAUAUUUCCGAGUUCUUAUAGCUCCUACCAGAGGAUAUUUCCAAGUACUUAUAGCUCCGAAGCUGUCAUUUAUUACCUUAGCUCGGAUGCUAUCUCUCCGUUUUAUUCCUCGGACGCUAUAUCCCUAUUUGAUAGCUUCCGACACCGCGAAUCCAGAGUCUUCUAUUUCUAUAGCUCGGACGCUAUCUCUCUGUUUUAUACCGCGGAGGCUAUUACAUCCCAGAUUGAUAGCUCGGAUCCGUAGCUUCCGACACCGUCAAUCCAUUGUCGCGUCUGGCGCAGCGGAGCUCCAGAUUCGGCGAAAGCGACGGCGAAAGCGGAGCUUCUGAGACGGAGAUAUUGAAACGGCGAAAUUGGUGCUUAAGCGACGUCGAUAAUGAAGCCUCAGAGCCGGCGAAACCCAAGAUUCAGCGACUGCGAAACCGGUGCUUUCGACACCGGUGCUUUCAAACUUCCGUAGCUUUCGACACCGUCAAUUCCUUGUCGCGUCUGGCGAAGCGGAGCUCCAGAUUCGGCGAGGAUCCUUGCUUCAGCGACGGCGAAAGCGGAGCUUCUGAGAGGACGCCGUAGAAGCUUCAGAGACGGCGAAAUUGGUCGUUCAGCGACGUCGAAUGAAGCUUAAAACACGGCGAAAGCGGAGUCGGCGGAACCCACGCUUCAGCGACGCUGCUAGCGAUUUUGGCGACGCUGCUGGCGAUCUCGGCGACUUUCAGCGAUUUGGCGACCUUGCUGCUGCUGCUGUUGGCGAUCCUGCUACCACUGCUGGCUGCAUCCGCUCCGACAACCCGACGAUCCGCUGCUAAGUUCUCUUACCCUCCUCCGUUGCAUUGCUGUUCUCUGUUAUUGCUGUUAUUGAUGGCCCUAGGCACUGCUGUGUGGUUGGCUGAGAGGUGGAUGGGAGAUUGGAGUAAAUUGGUAAGUGAUGGCGUGGCGGCUCAAGGCGCGUGGCAGUCGCUCGCAUGGUCUAGUCGGGUUAACUUUAAUAUCAUUCAUCCUCAAGCGCGUCCCUCUCUCUCCUCUUGAGCCUCCUCUUUCUCCUCUCAGUCCCCCUCGCAUGGCUGCCAAGUGCCUUGGGUUCGCCCGUCCCUCGCACUCCAAACUCCUUGAAUCCUUGAAGCCUCUCUCAUUGCAGUAGUGCCGUGGGUCUUAGAAGCACAUUCGUUUCCCUCAUUCGUGCUUUAAUUGUUGCUUGUCAGUUGUUGUGGGUGACGCCUCUACUUGACACUAACAUUGUUUUUGAACCUGUGCCUCCCCAAUUUCUCUGCAGGGAACGGUUCCAGCAGCAGCAGGGGCACUCCAGCAACUGCAGCAGCACCUCGGCAGCACCACUUGAGCUGGAUGUGGGAUGACGCACGGCAGAGGUGGUCACAGUGCUGUGACUGCCUCCUGAGUGCCCUGGUGACCACUGCACCCGCUACUGACGGUGCUGCGGAUGGUGCUGCCGAUUCUUCUCCCGACACUGCUGCCGACCCUGCUGCUUGCGGUGCUGCUGACCCUGUUGCCGAUCCUAUUGCUGGCGGUGCUGCCGAACCUGCUGCCGAACCUGCUGCUGACAGCGCUGCCGUCCCUGCUGCUGACGGUGCUGCUGAACCUGCUGCGAUGCUGCCAAACCUGCGCUGAUGGUACUGCCGAUUCUGCUGCUGACCCUGCUGCUGACGGUGCUGCCAAACUUGCUACCGACGGUGCUGCCGAACCUGCUGCCGACCCUGCUGCCGAACCUGAUGCUGACGAUGCUGCCGAACCUGUCGCUGACGAUGCUGGCCAUCCUGCUGCUGAUGGUGGUGCUGCCGCUGCGGGAGCCUUGUGCUGCUGCUGCUGCUGGCAGUGGUGGUGGCACUGCUGCUGCAUCCGCUCGGACAACCUACUCAAACAAACAGCUAAGUGCUCU